UCCAGCUGACUCUUACUAGACAAACCAUCUGACUAACUACUCCUGGGUCGGGUCUCUCUCUCUCUCUCUCUAUCUCUUUCUUUCUUUAAACCCAGUCCCUAAUAUUCCAAUUACACGUCUACCUUCUAUCUUCCAUUAUCUAUUAUUAUAUCUGAUCAUACUAUUGCGAACUUGAAAAUGAAUCUCGCCGAUAUGGCCUUAUCGCACGGCCUCUCCGUUAACGAGAUCUUAUCUGGAGUAUUUGGUAGCAUCAGCUUGACGGCAUGGAUCUGCUUGCUCCUUCCUCAGCUUAUCGCCAAUUACAGAGCCCAGAGUGCAGAAGGCCUAUCCAUGAUUUUCCUAGCUGUCUGGCUCUUUGGCGAUCUCGCGAAUCUAUCAGGUGCUCUUGUGACUGGACUUGCACCCACGGCGAUAGCACUGGCGGGCUACUUCUGUAUAUCCGAUAUCAUCCUAAUCACACAAUCCGUCUACUAUAACACCCUCAACGCCCGAAAAGCCCGCCAGCGAACACGGUCGACCGAAUCUGAGACCUCGGAAGACGAACCCCUCUUGCAGCCGCGGAGGAGGUCGUCUAGCGGCCUUCCAGGCUCGCACAGACGUCAUUCGAUGCACCAUUCCGAGUCCGGCCUAGACCCUAUCAAGAGAAUUGUCACGGGCGAAGACGAUACUCCCGAUAACAACCCUUGGUUGCACAACACGCUGAGCGUUGUAGCUAUCUACAUCGUUGGAGCUGCCGGUUGGUUCGUGUCGUAUAAGAUUGGGGCUUGGGACAAGCCUGAUGCUCCUGAAGAGCCAGCAACUGAAUCACCAGUUGCCGUUCUAGGACUUGUUCUAGGAUAUGCCAGUGCUAUUUGUUAUCUAUGUGCUCGAAUUCCCCAGAUAAUCAAGAACUACCGGGAGAAGUCCUGCGAGGGUCUUGCUCUGCUUUUCUUCCUAUUAUCUCUCACUGGUAAUUUAACAUACGGCCUAAGUAUUUUCACUUACUCCCCAGAGCCGGAGUAUAUUAUUAAGGCCAUUCCUUGGCUCCUCGGAUCUCUUGGCACGAUUGUUGAGGAUUGUAUCAUUUUCUACCAGUUCAGGAUCUACUCGAAAAGGGGAGUGAGCAAGGCCAACAGUACCAGCAAUGCUGCGCAAAGGUGAUUGCUUGCAAGAUUAGGUACCUUAGGUACCUAAUGUAGGUAGGUUUGCAACGCGGUUUCGUUAACUUUGGAUUAUAUAGGGGAUAAGGUCAUCAUGGCAGGAGCAUUAUCUAGGCGUUCUAUAAUAGGGGUUUUCAGGUAAUCCCCGGUUUGGAUUUGAAUAAUAUUCGCAUCACCGGAAAUAUACAUUUGAUCAAAGCUUUACGGUUCUUGUCAGGUCGAACCCUCCAGAUUUAUACUAAAACCCGUGCAGGUUAUCGUCGACGGCCCCCAACUAGUCUGUGCUCGAUCAGCCAUAAUUGCAUGGCAUUUGGCCCGAUGAAUCCAAACCGCCCCCAACAAAAACAAGGAAUUCUAUUUAAUGAACAAGUCUGUGUGCCUGAUCUGAUACGUAUUGGCUGCACCGUUUCGUCCUAUA